AUGUAUUACUUCAUUCUUUUGUACACCAUAAUUAGUCAUAUAGCGGGAGUUUUAAGUGAUACUCGAUUAGCUGGUCUGGUUGUUGAUCCAAAUUUUGCAUGGAAAAAACAAACAGUUACUAUUUCUUUCUUGAACGGAAAUGAAAAAGAACGUUUAGAAUUUCGAAAACUUUAUUUCCAGUGGUUCGCGUGCACCCAUAUACAUUUUGUUGAAAUAGCUCUCAGUCAAGGUGCUGAUAUUCGUGUCGGAUUUGCACUAGAUAAAGGCCGGAUUAAUCUGACAUCUGGAAAAAUAUAUUGUGAUUUUCAAAGAACUCGUGAUCCAUCCAUGGUUGUUGCUUCUAUCUCGAAACGACUAGUAUUACAUGAAGGUGGCCACUCUCUUUCAGCAAAGCAUGAACAUGGACAUUCUUUGUCAAAUAUUAGUUGGCAUCCAGAUUUCAUUAGUGGAAAUAUGUUUCCGUCGAUGACAAUUGAAUAUAUACAAAAUAAUUUCCUUCAAACAUUUCCUUUAAAUCAAAGUUUAGGUCCAUUUGAUAGGUAA